UGGCAGCUGUGCUAUUCUUAAAUUACUUUUUAAAAUUCAUAGGAGUAAUUCUUUAAAUGCAUUUCAUCCGAUCAAAAGACAAAUAUAAAAACCACCCAACCAACUCCGAUGAGUUCUUAAGUCAGCCAACAUGCGCAGAAGCUGGAAGGAGCCUCAUUUCUCACCAGGUUCCCUCAGUUCCUGGUGCGGCACCUGCUCCUCCCAGCCCGAGAGCCAGCCUCUGGAGAACGCGGCUGACGGUGGAGAUCAGCGCCCGGCAAGGGGUUAAUCUCCGGCUGGAAGCCGGAUUGGGGGUACCGUCCGCGGGAGGAGGGCCAGGCGGGACGCCGGAGGAGGAAGGAGAAAGCGCAGGAGCACUCCCCGCCCCGGCGACGCCCGCGGUCCGCCCCGCCCCGCGCAGCCAGACAGCUUGCACCCACUGUGUCUAGGCUCGGCCGCAUCCGGUAGCCCAAGUAGGAAGCCGCAGCCGUGGGAACGUGUACAGGGGCUUCGAGAAGGAAACGGCGGCAGCGCCCCCAUUCGGCCGUCCAAGCCAGGAGUACCCGCGAAGGGUUGGGCUCAGGGGAACGCGCCAGCUGGGCCCUCCGCAGCCGGAGCCCCUCCACCCAUUUGGUUUGGGGACCCUAAGAUCAUGACCUGAACCAGCGUUUAACCGACUGAGCCACCCAGGCGCCGCACCUGACCAGUAUUAUGAAGAUCUUUCUGGCUGCAGUGCUGGGAAUAGUGUGAACCCACCAGGAGGAGGCCCACCGUUCUACCUCUUGUGGCCGCCAUGCUGACCGCCCGCCUCUUCAGACCCCUGUCACAGCUCCCAGGGAGAACCUUGAGUUGCUACAAUAGAGAAAAUGGAACAAGGCCCAUGCUGCUGUUUUACUCUGCUUCUUUGGUCCCUAUCAGCCGUCGUGCUUAUUCUGAUGAGGUGAAGCCGGUUGGCAGCAAAGCUGUCCUGGUCACAGGCUGUGACUCGGGAUUUGGGUUCUCCUUGGCCAAGCAUCUGCAUUCAAAAGGCUUCCUUGUGUUUGCUGGCUGCUUGAUGAAGGACAAAGGAGAUACUGGCGUCAAGGAGCUGGACAGCUUGAAGAGUGAUCGAUUAAGAACUGUCCAGCUGAACGUCUGCAAAAGUGAGGAGGUGGAGAAAGUGGUGGAGACCGUCCGCUCGAGCCUGGAGGACCCUGAGAAAGGCCUGUGGGGCCUAGUUAACAAUGCGGGCAUCUCAACUUUCGGAGAGGUGGAGUUCACCAGCAUGGAGACCUACAAGGAAGUGGCGGAAGUGAACCUCUGGGGCACGGUGCGGAUGACGAAAUCCUUUCUCCCCCUCAUCCGAAGGGCCAAAGGCCGCGUCGUCAACAUCAGCAGCAUGCUAGGCCGCAUGGCCAACCCGGCCCGCUCCCCCUACUGCAUCACCAAGUUCGGGGUGGAGGCCUUCUCUGACUGCCUGCGCUACGAGAUGCACUCGCGGGGCGUGAAGGUCAGCGUGGUGGAACCUGGCAACUUCAUCGCUGCCACCAGCCUCUAUAGCCCUGAGCGUAUCCAGGCCAUCGCCGAUAAGAUGUGGGACGAGCUGCCUGAGGUGGUGCGCAAGGACUAUGGCAGGAAGUACUUUGACGAGAAGAUCGCCAAGAUGGAGACCUACUGUAACAGUGGCUCCACAGACACAUCCCCCGUCAUCAAUGCGGUCACCCACGCUCUGACGUCCGCCAGCCCCUACACUCGCUACCACCCCAUGGACUACUACUGGUGGCUUCGAAUGCAGAUCAUGACCCACUUGCCCGGAGCGGUGUCCGACAGGAUCUACAUACACUGAAGAGUUUGCCCCUGGUCUCUGUGGGGGGCCCCGGUGGGAGGGAAGUAGGAGGGGCCGAGGGAGCGAGGGUCUUGUGCAGUCACCUCUUGAUUACCUACUUGUGCAUUAUCCGCGGGACCUACUCCCAGUUGUAGCAUUAACCAGAGGGGAGAGCCCAGCCCUCCUUGUGUGCACAGUGAGUGGUUUGGGCCUUCUGGGAAGGGGUAUGGAGUGGUGGGCAGGGUCCCUACACCUCAGGGCAAACAUUGACAUCCAUCUUUCUGAAGCUGAUUUCAUACAAAGAGUUUGGGAGGACACGUUUGUAUUAAAAACAGAUUUAUUAUAAAAUACAAUACAAAUCCUUUACAUUUUAAAGCUAAA